GUACACACGUGAGGAGUUAUUAUAAGAUGGACAUCAGAGGAUUCUUUAAAGCAAAAAUUAAAGAGAAAGCCGCCAUUAAGGAAGAUGAAGACGAUUUUAAGAGCGUAAAGAGAAGGAGAACUGGAGAUAAAAGGAAGAAGCCUCGUCCCCGUAUUUUAAGUGAUUCUGACGACGAGGAAAAAAAGGAGACAAAGCGUGUCAAGACCACACCUCCUGCUGCAAAAGAGGUAGAGCUAAGGAGAUCUACGAGGAUUACACCUUUGAAAGAAAAACAUGGCCAUUUAAAAAAACCUAAUAAAGCCACACCCAUUAAGACGAAGAAUAGGAAAGAGAUUUCAUCAGCUGAGGAAUUCUUUGGUUCUGCUCCUGUAGCCACACCCACUAGCAAUAAGAAAAGUACAAAAAAAGAAGAGCCUAAAGAGACACGCCCACAAGAUAUAGCAGCUGAAAAACCAGCAAAAGGAAAGAGAAAAAUACAAUAUAUUGAUAUUGAAGAAGAACCACCUGCUCAAAAGCUUAAGUUGUUACGUGAUAAAGAUCAAAAGGAUUUGUCGACUGAUAAAGGACACGUCUCAGAAUCACCCCCUCUCCCUCCUCCGGCACAUAUUGAUCUUACUUCAUCAUGUGAAUCAGUCAAACAGGAACCUAAAACAAUCAAACAGGAGCCUAAAAAAGUCAAACAGGAGCCUAAAAAAGUCAAACAGGAACCUAAACAAGUCAAACAGGAAUCGAAGCCUGUCAAACAAGAUAGUAAACCAGUUUCAGAUGUAAAACCUACUGCAUCAAGUGAGCCAGCGAAAAGGCAGAAAUCGAGUACACCACCUGCAAAAUCUGUCAAGCCUGUUACUGAGGCUGAGACUGCUUUAAAGACUCCAGCCGCUAAAAGGUACGACAGCUAUCGUGAGUACAUGAACAGAGGCGGGCCUAAAGCACCUGGAUCUAAGGAAAUACCACAAGGCGCCCCUAAUUGCUUGUAUGGUCUUACGUUUGUGUUCACUGGCGUGGGAGAGUCAAUGGAGAGGGAGGAAGCAGCUGACAUAGUUAAGAGUUAUGGUGGUCGUGUUACAACUAGUUUGAGCAAGAAGACUAAUUACCUGGUGGUUGGUGAGGGGGCGGGAGUCAGUAAACUAUCACAGGCUAAAUCUUUGAACGUUUGCGAGAUUGAUGAAGAUGGUUUCUUAGAGCUUAUAAGGACUCGUCCUGAGAGAAAGGGUGUGGUCACCACGCCCACAAACACAGGUGUAAAGUCUCGUAAAAGGAAGGGUAGCUCUAAUGAACCCAUACCCGUGACCACACCCCCUCCUGCCACUAAAAGACCAUGUUAUUCAGUUAUGACACCUACUUCAACAUUAACCACACCCACAACCCCAACCACACCCACUGAUCUAAGCUCUAUUCCUACUUCAUCAUUUUAUCCAACCACACCCACUUCAACGAAAUCUGCAAAACCGAAAGGACCCUCAACGUUAUUGUGGGUUGAUAAAUACGCCCCAGCUAGUGUCAAGGGUAUCAUUGGACAGCAAGGUGGAAAGAGCAAUGCUAACAAACUCUUAGAGUGGCUGAAAGUUUGGCACAAGUAUCAUGGAGUGUCGGCAAGCACUAGGAAACUAACUGGAGAAGGUGUGUUUCAUAAAGCAGCUCUAUUAUCCGGCCCACCUGGAAUAGGGAAGACUACCACAGCUGUACUUGUUUGUAAAGAAUUAGAUUACACAUUCACUGAGCUAAAUGCAAGUGCCACUAGGAGCAGGAAGUCACUGCAACAGUUUGUAACCGACUCACUGUCCUCUCACUCAAUGGACUCUUACAUUACUGGCGGUUCUCAGAGACACCAUGUCCUUAUAAUGGAUGAAGUUGAUGGUAUGGCUGGUAAUGAAGACAGGGGAGGAGUAAUGGAGUUGAUACAGUUGAUUAAGACAUCCCGUGUCCCUAUCAUUUGCAUCUGUAACGAUCGUAGUCAAGCGAAAAUGAGAUCUCUAGCAAAUUAUUGCUUUGAUUUGAGAUUUUAUAAACCGAAACUCGAACAGAUUAAAGGUCCGAUGAUGUCUGUGGCUUUCAAGGAAGGCAUAAAGAUAAAGCCGGAAGCACUGAAUGAGAUCAUAAUAUCUUGCAAUUAUGAUAUUAGGCAGGUAUUACAUAGUCUGUCGAUGUUAGCUGCUGGCACUACUAGUAUCACUAAAGAGUCUCUCGGAGGAGGAGAAGGAAAGACCUCCAUUAGGAAGAGCCCCUUUGACGUGGUUCGAAAGGUCUUCCAACCUUUUGACGGGCAGAGGGAGCUAUCGCUGAGGGAGAAAUCUGAUUUAUUUUUUACCGAUUAUUCUUUAAUGCCACUUUUUGUACAAGAGAAUUAUCUUCAAGUCAAGCCGGUUAACAAUACUGGGACUGCUACACUUUCAAAGAUCCAGUUAUUAGAGAAGGUUAGUUCAGCUGCUGAUUCCAUAGCUCAAGGUGAUCUUGUGUCAAGAAUAGUCCGCUCAGAUCAAGGCUGGCAGCUCCUCCCUACACAAGCGAUAUUCUCCAGUAUCUUACCUGGCGAGUACAUGCGUGGUGGUAUGAGCCUACCAGAGUUCCCUCAGUGGUUGGGUAACUAUUCAAAGACUUCGAAAACCGAUAGAAUAUUGCAGCAGCUGGUUAGUCAUUCCACGUUGAAUUGUUCCUGCAAUAAGACAGAAUUCCUUCUUGAUUACUCUCCGCUAUUGAGUGCUGCACUUACUGCUCCUCUUCAAAACAACGGUGACAAGGAAGGUCCCUCAAGAGUUGUAGAGACACUGAAAGAUUAUGAUUUAACGAGAGAGGACUGGGAAGAUGUGAUAGAGUUGAAUAGUUACUCAGGAAGAGCCUCAGCAUUAUCUACCAUUGACCCAAAGGUAAAAGCAACAUUGACAAGACUGUACAAUAAGGAAGACAUCAAACUGCCAUACAGUGUCAUGACUGUUCGUACGAAGAGAGGAAGAGCUUCACUGGAAGAGGAGGAGGAGGAGGAGAGAGAGGGAGAAGAGGCUGCCAGCAGCAGUGGAGAUGAAGGGGACUUGUCGUCAUUGGGUGUCAAAGCUGUUAAAACUGAUAAAAGAUCAUCCACUGCUAGCAGCAGUAAGAGGAGGAAAAUAAGUAGUAACAAGAAAAAACAGAAGUGAUUUGUAUGAAUUUAUUAGAGGCAGUUUAUCUCUUUAUCUUUGUACUUCACUCGCUCUCUUUAUUAUUAUUAUUAUUAUUAUUAUUAUUAUUAUUAUUAUUAUUAUUAUUAUUAUUAUUAUUACCAGUAUUAGUUUAUUUGUAAUAUUUGUACUGCUACUACAUGGACUCAAAAGUACAUAUGUCACAUCACAUGUACUGCUUUUGAAGAUCAGCUCAAACUUGA